GAACAAUCAAAUAAAGAACUAAAGAAGUGUAGAGUUGAUUGUGGAUUGUCCGGUGUUUAGUUGCUACUUUGCUAGUUAGUAGUUUGUGACCGUUUUCGUAAUUUACAUUAAAGGCAGGUGUCUACGACAGCAAUAAUGUCCAGCGAUUCGAUUAAAACAUUCAACAAUGUGGAGUCACCUGGAUUCGUCGGUUUUGCCAAUCUGCCGAAUCAAGUACACCGUAAGUCCGUGAAAAAAGGCUUUGAAUUCACGCUUAUGGUGGUCGGGGAGUCGGGUCUCGGAAAAUCCACGCUCGUCAACAGUCUCUUCUUAACGGAUUUAUAUCCCGAACGCACCAUUCCAGAUGCCAUUGCAAAAACCAAGCAGACUGUAAAAUUGGACGCAUCAACUGUAGAAAUUGAAGAGCGCGGUGUGAAAUUACGACUUACUGUAGUCGAUACUCCUGGUUUUGGGGAUGCCAUAGAUAACUCUGAUAGUUUUCGAGCUAUUAUUCAAUAUAUUGAUGAGCAGUAUGAACGUUUUCUAAAAGAUGAAAGUGGAUUAAACAGACGUCAUAUUAUUGAUAAUCGUGUUCAUUGUUGUUUUUAUUUUGUUUCUCCAUUUGGACAUGGAUUAAAGCCAUUGGAUAUUGAACUAAUGAAAAAACUACAUAAUAAAGUGAAUAUUGUUCCUGUCAUUGCCAAAUCAGAUGUUCUUACUAAAAAAGAAAUACAGAAAUUAAAAAAAAGAAUACUAGAAGAAAUUAAUGCUAAUGGCAUAAAGAUUUACCCUCUACCAGAUUGUGACAGUGACGAAGAUGAAGAUUAUAAAGAACAGGUUAAGCAAUUAAAAGAAGCUGUACCAUUUGCUGUCUGUGGUGCAAAUCAAUUAUUAGAAGUGCGUGGUAAAAAAGUCCGAGGGCGGUUCUAUCCUUGGGGUGUUGUUGAAGUCGAAAAUCCUGAACAUUGUGACUUUAUCAAACUGCGUACUAUGCUUAUCACACACAUGCAAGAUCUACAAGAAGUAACACAAGAAGUACAUUAUGAAAACUAUCGAUCAGAGCGUUUAGCAAAAGGAGUACCUGUGCCGAAAAGAACUACAUCACUACCUGAACAUGAGAAAAAUUCUGGCUCAGAAAAAGAUAGAAUUUUGCAGGAAAAGGAGGCUGAACUUAAACGUAUGCAAGACGUCAUUGCCAAGAUGCAAGCUCAAAUACAACAACAAACACCUUAGUAUCAUCUCAAUAUUAACCGUUUACACAUUUUUCAAAUGACUGUUUUGAAAAUAAUAUCUUUUGAUUCCAUGAUGCCAUUAUUUAAAACUAUUUUAUUCUUAUGAUCAUUCCAAAUGACUACAGCUUAAAUGAUAAUAUAAGUUUAAAUUCCAAUUUAACAUUAAGGUGUACCUUAACCUAUAAACUAUAAUUAUCGUUUAAUUCAUAAGUAUUUUUUUUAAAUGUAUAAUUAAAUUAUAUUAUUUAAAAAUAUUAAGUACAAUUAAUGUACAAUAUUAUCUACAUUUCAGUCAUACAUGGGUAACAUACAAAAUGGUGCCUUUUAAUUUAUGCCUGUUGAAACUUGAGCAUGUUCAGUACAUCAAAUUCAUUUUGACUGAUUUAUGAUACAAAGUUAUGACAUAUAAUUUUAACAUUAUAUUUUAUUUGGAUAAAAUAAUCAUAUUUCACCUAACCUCUAGUUAAGAUCUGAUACUUAUAAUUUUAUACUUUUUAUUUAUUAUUAAAAAUAAAUUCCAGAUUUAAUUUAUAAUUAUUAAAAAUAUAUAUUAUGUGUUUCGAUAGUUUUUAUUUUUGCUGUGCUGUGGCAAAUCCAGAAUUUUUUUUGGGGGAGAACAAAAAUUAGUUUUUGACAGAUUUUAUCUGAAAAUAAUUUAUUUAAUAAACUAUUUUUUACUAUAACAAUUUUUGAGGAGGUUACAACCCCCUCCCCCCUGGAUAUGCCACUUCAAGGGGGAGUACCUCAAAAUUAUUUUGGAUUUUAACAUGAUUGAAUAUUCUGAGGUUCAAUAUAAACAAUUAUUCAAUUUUGCAUGUACUUAAAUAUUUUUAUUUUUUUUUAAUAUUCCUUAAUUGUGUGUAUUUAUAGUAAAUAAUAAGUAAUGUACAUAUUAUAAUAUAUAAUCUUUAUACAAAAUAUACAAUAUAUAUGCCAUUAUACAUUUA